CCUUGAUUUCCACCAAUCCCCGGGCGUUUGUCUGCGAAGUCCGGGGCGCAGCGGAAGGCUGCAGCGCGCUGCUGAAUUAACUGAUGAAAGCGAGUUCUUUUCUUCUCCCGGAGGGGUGGGGAGCGAGGGUCCUGGCGGGCGAGGCUGAAAAGCCCGGGGCGGGAUAGCGGUCCCGGGCCGCCGUGGAAAUUUCCAAGGACUUGGCGCGGCGCGGAGAGCGCGUCUGGGGAGGGUGCCUGGCGGCGCAGCAGCGCGGGAGGCGGGGAGAGGCGGCGAAGGGCGCAGGAGCAUCUCUCAGAAGGGGACGCCGUGGACCAAAUGUCUGGGAGGGAGCCGAGCCUGUCCCCGGACCCGUGCCGAGGGCGACAGUGAUGCUGCAGAACCCGCGAGAGCGUCUCGCCGCCGCCGCUCUCCGCGCUCACAGAGACUUCAGUGCCCGCCUUCUGCAGGGGAAGCGACCAUGGCCAUAGCUCGUGACUUUCCCUCAGCCACUUCCUCUAGAAAGAAAUCCUUGAAAAAGUUGCAUUAAAAAAAAAAGAAAGAAAAAUCCUUGCUCUGACCUUUGGGGCCGUGGGGGCUGAAGAAGCGUGAGUGCGAGCGAAAGCAAGAAGGCGAAAGGUGUGUGUGCAUGGGGAGCCGGCCGUGGGGACACCCUCCGCGGCCACUUCGCCUAGAGUUGUGUUGAGGCUCUGGCCCGUGGCCCCCCUGGACCUCGGGGCUGCGAUGAGCCCCUGCGGGCGGGCCCGGCGACACACGUCUAGAGGGGCCAUGGCCGUACUGGCGUGGAAGUUCCCGCGGACCCGGCUGCCGGUGGGAGCCAGUGCCCUCUGUGUCGUGGUUCUCUGUUGGCUCUACAUAUUCCCCGUCUAUCGGCUGCCCAACGAGAAGGAGAUCGUGCAGGGGGUGCUACAACAGGGCACGGCGUGGAGGAGGAACCAGACAGCGGCCAGACUCUUCAGGAAACAAAUGGAAGACUGCUGUGACCCCGCCCAUCUCUUUGCUAUGACUAAAAUGAAUUCCCCCAUGGGGAAGAGCAUGUGGUAUGAUGGGGAGUUUUUAUACUCAUUCACCAUUGACAAUUCAACUUAUUCCCUCUUCCCCCAG